GAAAAGCUUCGCCUUAAAGGCAUGGGGAUCAGGGCAGGGAACAGAGCAUCAUUCAGAUAGAAGAACAGAGCCUCUAUUACUGACACAGGACGGAGCCAGCUCACCUCCUACCACUAAGACUCAAGUGAAGUGAAGUAAGCAGGCACCAUGAGUGAUGACCAAAGCUUGUCCGAAGUAGAGAUGAGCCCUGUUGGGUCUGAGGAUCCCUCCCUCACUCCAGACCCGCUUCCCCCUCAUGCUCACUCCAGUCCAGAUGAUGAUGAAGAAACAAAAGUAAAGAAAGAGCAAGAUUCAGAGGAUGAGAGGUUCCCAGUAUGCAUUCGUGAAGCAGUCUCCCAGGUCUUGAGCGGCUACGACUGGACGUUGGUUCCUAUGCCUGUAAGGGUCAAUGGUGGCAGCAAAUCCAAGCCUCACGUUAAGCGGCCCAUGAAUGCCUUUAUGGUAUGGGCCCAGGCUGCACGUCGGAAACUGGCUGACCAGUAUCCACAUUUACAUAAUGCAGAGCUUAGCAAGACUCUGGGAAAACUCUGGAGGCUGUUGAAUGAGAAUGACAAGAGACCCUUUAUAGAGGAGGCUGAAAGGCUGCGAAUGCAGCACAAGAAAGACCAUCCAGAUUACAAGUACCAGCCUCGUAGACGGAAGAAUGGAAAACCCAACCCUGGAGAGGGAGAUGGGUCCUCUGAAGCUGAGGGUGGAGCUGCCUCCAUACAAGCACAUUACAAAAACUCCCAUCUAGAUCACCGACAUGGUUCUCCCAUGUCUGAUGGGAAUUCAGAGCACUCUGCAGGUCAAAGUCAUGGACCCCCUACCCCACCAACAACACCAAAGACAGAGCUUCAGGCAGGAAAGUCUGAUGGCAAGAGGGAUGGGUCUCGUUCAUUGGGAGAAGGGGGAAAACCUCACAUUGAUUUUGGAAAUGUGGAUAUAGGUGAGAUCAGCCAUGAUGUCAUGGCUAAUAUGGAGACAUUUGACGUCAAUGAAUUUGACCAGUACCUUCCGCCUAAUGGUCAUGCUGGGCACCCAAGUCACAUUGGGGGUUACACUUCCAGCUAUGGCCUCAGUGGAGCUCUAGCAGCUGGUCCAUCUGCUUGGGCUCUGGCAAAGCAACACCCCCAAACUGACUCCAAAGCUCAAGUGAAGACAGAAAGCUCAAGUACCAGUCAUUAUACAGAGCAACCAUCUACAUCUCAGCUGACCUACACUUCACUUGGCCUUCCACAUUAUGGUUCAGCAUUCCCCUCCAUUUCCAGGCCACAGUUCGAUUAUGCUGACCAUCAACCAUCAAGUUCUUAUUACAGCCAUUCCUCCCAAGCAUCUAGUCUCUAUUCAGCCUUUUCCUACAUGGGACCUCCUCAACGUCCACUUUACACUGCAAUAUCUGAUUCUCCAAGUGUAGCUCAGUCACACAGCCCUACACAUUGGGAACAGCCAGUCUAUACUACACUGUCAAGACCAUGAAGAGGACAAAGCUACAUAACUAAGGAGGGACAGGUCCUGAAGAAUAAUAGGCUCCAGCAUGGUCCUUUCAUAGCUCAUAACCCAGGUGGAAUCUGGAUUCCAAAAGUAUCAGUAAACCCUAGAUGGUUUUUACAGACCCCUGGAAAAGACAGUGACUGGUUCUUCUUUAUUGAAAAGACAUAAACAUAGUAGGGGUAGAAUAGCAGGGCAAUGCAGGGAUGGGGGAAGGGAAUGCAUUUUUUACAAAGUUUAUGGACUUGGGUCUCUUGUACAAAGGGAGGAAACUGCAACAUUUGCUAUACCUGUGUUUUUGAUCUUAGAUACUGAAGUGACAUUGGAGGCUUAGGUAUGUACACUCUUUGUACGAUAAAACAAAAGCCUCUGACAGCCAACCAAAAGCAGCUUGACUACUUACCGAACUAACCUGGGCUGCUAGACUGUAUGAAAUAAGGGAUAGCAUGAACAUCAUUUUUUUUUUAUCUUGGGUAUUUACAUGAAAGUUAGUCAACAAAUAAGUAUAAUGCAUGUUAGAAUGAAUGAAGUUAUAUCUAGCCCUCUCUUGUGCUUCAAGGGCAUCAAGCAAAAACUUACUAUGGACACAACACAGGCUGGAGAUUCAAAACCUGCAAACUUUAUUCAUUGUAUUGUGAAUAGAGCAAGCAAAUGACCUAAAUGACACAUUAAUAUGUACAGUCAGAUGUCCAGAAUCUAGUUUAAAAACAUUCUAACACUAUGUUAUAUGGUCAGAAUUUUUCAGGGUAGGAAGUUCCACUAACCCCUUUUCAUACUCUGAAUACCAUUUGGUCCGAGGGAUCUAAGUUGCUGCGUGCCAAACAUGUCAUUAUAACAUAUUCAAUUCUAACAUCAUUUUGUGGGUUAAGUGGUCAGAUAGAGUGCUUUUUUCUGAUUUGGUAAUUUCUAUUACCGCUCAUUCAUGAUAUAGUGGGAAAUAAGUUGGAGGAAUAAAAAAACAUUAUAAGAGAACAAUCUAGCUAAACAAAUAUCCUGUUAACAUGGUAGAGCCAGGAGUCGAAACACUUCACAACAAAAGCAGUGAUUUUCUGAUCUGAAGCUUCUGGUGCAAGAAUGUUAUUUUGUCUGUAUCAGAGUCUUAAAUACUAUAAUGUCUUAUUUAGCUGUUAUAUCAUGUUGUUCUCAUUUCCCAUGUGCAAUACUCAAACAGCAGAGAGCUAGCAUGUCAGUCUAUUGGAACAAAAUCUAUAACUUGUUGUUUACAUAAUGACCCCCCCCAGUUACUUGUCAAUGUAUGUUUAAUUCUACAAGUCAGAAGUAUUACAGAUGGCAAAAGAUGAUCGCUUUCAAAUGAUUGUUCAUAUUAAGGAUUCUCUGCAGUAGACAUUUCCAACUCUCUUAUGUUACUUUUUAGAACCAUUUCCAACGUGGGAAAUACAGAGGAUACUAUGAAGUAUGUUUUUCAGGAUGAAAAAAAUGGAAAAAAAAGUAGAGACAAUGUGUAAAUAUAAAACUAUAUAUUCGUAUAUAUAUAUCUAUUUUUGUUUGUUUCGGGGCAGCAAUGUAGAGGCCGGUGCUUCUAAUCCUGUGGGUAGCAGAGAGGAUUAUAUAGAACUGGUGCCCACAGGAUUAAACCAAACCAGUGAACUUUGGGUUUAACAUUUUUUGGGGGGUGGGUUUUGUUAUAAAGAGGGACAGAAAUCCAUUAACCCAUUUGGAGUUAAUUCUUUAAUGCUUUGCUGUAUACCAAUAUUAACUCCGAUGUAUAACAUAAAUUGUCCCUUCCUCCAUCAGUUUCCAUCCAGUUAUCAAAUGAUUGUUUUUUUUGUCAUUAUUGCCUAUAUAUGUAACUGUAUGUGUUUGUUAUUUAUGUAAAUAUUAUCUUACCCAAUUCUGGCAAUUUCUUUAACUGUUCAUAAACAUAUUCAAGAUAUAUAUUGUAUUAAAAAAAUAAAUCUUCAGA